UAAUUGCUUGUAAGUAACCUCCUUAAAGUUGGUAGCAGCGGUAAAAAGAGAAAACAGAGUGACCAAGUGAAAGAGAAGAAGAAAGCAGUUAAACGGAAAAAGACCACCCCACAAGCUUUAAAGUGCCUCAGCUGUGGACAAGAUGGCCAUACCACUGCUCGUUCGCAAGAACUUUGCAGACCUUGUGGAGGAAAAGGUUACGCUUCUGUCAUUGGCGGCCGAUCCGGUCAAUUCUGUCAAGCCCUUGUGGUUUAUCCAAGACUACUACGAAGAAGAGCAUUCUAAUCGUCUUGCCUACGAUGUUCGUAGGUUACCAUUACCUCAUCGUUUCUUACCUUUUCCAACUCCCUUAGUAUCAUGGCGCUUCAUUACCAUCAGCAUAAACGCCCUUACUCCUUUUUUAUUUCCUGGAAGACUUGUAAAGGGUUAUUGGAAUCAACUUGAACAAUUUUGUAAAGUGUUCAACUUCAAAAAGUUAGGCUUCAGAAGUGUUGCUGAGCUAAAGACAAACACAAGUGUGCUCUUUUGGAACCUAAUUCGAUCUGAUGGCUUCACUGUAGACUUUUUAUUUAAAGACGCCGUCAUUGAUCAUCAUGACUUGACGUUGGAAGACUUCUCCUAUGAAGAGAUCACAGCAAACUACAGACCCACAUUUGUUGAUCCUGGCCGAAAGACAGUAUUUACAGCAGCAAUCGG